AUGCGAAUUGACAGACAAAGUAAGGAAAAGGCAAUAAGUGAAAUGAGUGCAUUCACGGAACGUGUCAUCAUCACAAGAAAAUGCACUAGCGCUUUGGUGAAUGUUCUGAAGGAAAUAGGCCGAAGCGAAUUUACAGAGCUUGAAAUAGACGCAGUUAUAUCUAGGCUGCUGCACUCUUUCCACAACAAAGACCUCUAUCUAAAGACCAUCUCAUAUGCUUUUAUUAGGAGCGUUGCAGAUCUUUCCUCGGGUGCUUUUGUGGCCAUAAAUGCCUUGAUUAACAACAUAGCAAAGAAAGAUGGUCUGCGCGCAGAGGCUCUGAAACUGCUUCUGCAGAUAACCCCAGAGCAGAUGCUAGAAGACUGCUCUAAGUACGUGCAGCAGUCCCUUAUUGAAACAGAAUAUGACACUCUAAACAUGAUUGUUCCAGUUCUUCUAUUUCUUUCCAACCCAUCGCUUGCUGAGUGGUUCAGCGGGUGCGGGUGGCUGCAGGGGCUGAAAACAACAGGGCCACUUGGGAAUGCAGUUGUAUUUAUUAAUAGAAUACGGCCGCAGGAUAGCAGAGAGGUAAUUAAUAUUUUGAAGAACGUCUCUGCCAAGGGCAUUACGUCUGUGCAAAUUAUUAGAUAUCUUUCCAAGCAUCUAGAAAACCCAACAGCCGCCAAGAUAUUUGUGCAGUAUCUGUCUUUGGAUGAGACAGACCCGUCUUCCUUCAUUGAAGCCAUGAGGCACAUCCAUAUGCUCCCCAGUGCUGUUAGUCUUCUAGACCGAUGUGUAAAAGGGCUUAAGAAGCUACUGCAGUCAAACAGAGUCGUAGUGAAGAUUGCAGCCUUGAGAACAAUAGAUAUGAUGUGCGUGCAAUAUAAACAGAAGCUUCUUCCUUUGACAGAGAUUAUAGAAGGGAUGCUCACUGACAAUGGCACUAUUGCACUUCUUGCCAUGGGAAUUCUUCUCAAAAUAGGAAGCGAGAAAACUGCGAAUAAGAUUGCCAAGUCGCUGCCUACGCUGCUGUCUGAGCUGGGAGAGGUUCAGAAGAUAUCCAUUGUUGAGUCUGUUACAGGAAUGUGCGACAGGUUUAAAGGCACCUCUUGGGACGAGCUUUUUAAGAAGGCGCUGAAUGCAUCAGGCUCCUGCAACUACAAAGUCAAGAUUAUCCAUAACAUCUCAAAAGUGCAGAAGAUGACAGAAGACAAAGAGCUUAAAAGGUCUCUUGAGCAGAUACUUUCAAGCUACAUUGAAGACUCAGUGCAUCCAAGGGUAACUGUGGAAAUACUUGGGUCUCUGGUUGAAACAAAAACCUCAGACCACAUGGUGUCUCUACUGAACCGAACCAUACUGGAUGGGGAGAAUGUACAGCCUGCUGUGAAUCUAUCUCUUGCAGUGGCAGAUAAAAGCAACCCCAUGCACAUUCUGUUCUCAGAAGGCUGCAGCACUGAAGUCCUAAAAGAGAAAAGCGAGCUUACCCAGAUGGUAAUUGACAAAUUAGAAGGCGAUGCAGAGAUAUUCAUUAAAAAGCGGGAAGAAAGCCAGCUGGAGUCUAAAUUUAACUCUGUGCAGCUGCAGGCAUCCAACCGCAUAGAGCUUAAUAGAAGCGAAAGCGAGUUUGGAAUAUCUGUUGUUAAAAAUAUAUUCCCAGAGUUUAUUGUUCUCCAAUACAGAAUAGCAAGCAAAAUUGACCUAGUUUUAGAGGAAGGGCGGCUAAGGGUGUUCCUAGAGAACAAGUGCAUCAACGAAGAGAUGAUAUACCUCCGAGGAAGGGAAUCAACAGAAAUUGAUAUAAAGAUCCCAAUCGACGACUAUAAGGAUCUGUGCGGUGCAGAAAUAGCCAGCACAUUUGGGUAUUCUGUGUAUGACAGUAGAGACUAUGAAGUGGGUGAGGUUAGACUAAACCCCUUUGAGAUAUCUGUGACAGACUUUAUUGCACCAGGGCUGGACAUUCCAGAAGAAGAGAUAGAUACUUCUCCGCUGGUGAAAGAAUAUAGAUUUGGAAUGGAUAAGGAUGAGGUAAUCAAAGAGCUGAAGAAUAUAUUUAAAAUGGAGGUGGCUGAAAGUGACAAUACUCUGGAGUGGGGCGGUAUUUUUAUGUAUACCAAGGAGCCCGUGCUAGUGAAGGCCGUUGUAAAAGAGAAGGGAUCUGCAGCAAAGGCCACUAUCAAAGUGUUCUGCAAGUCAGAGGAAAUAAAGUCUUUAUUGAUCGAUCUAAUCCACUAA